AGCCAGGACAUUAUUAUUCAUGUUUAAACCGAAAGAGACAUAAGAAGCCACUACAAUGCCCACAAUCACCCUGCCGCCGAAAGAGAACGCGCUCUUCAAAAGAAUUCUGAGGUGUUAUGAACACAAGCAGUACAGGAAUGGUCUGAAGUUCUGCAAACAGAUCCUGAGUAACCCCAAGUUUUCUGAGCAUGGAGAGACGCUGGCCAUGAAGGGUUUAACUCUCAACUGUCUGGGCAAGAAGGAGGAGGCGUACGAGCUGGUGAGACGAGGCCUGCGCAACGACCUCAAGAGCCACGUCUGCUGGCAUGUGUAUGGCCUGCUGCAGCGCUCAGAUAAAAAGUAUGACGAGGCCAUCAAGUGUUACCGUAACGCUCUGAAGUGGGAUAAGGACAAUCUGCAGAUUCUCCGAGACCUCUCCUUGUUGCAGAUCCAGAUGAGAGACUUGGAAGGAUACAGGGAGACUCGGUACCAGCUGUUACAGCUCCGCCCAGCCCAACGAGCUUCCUGGAUCGGCUAUGCAGUGGCUUAUCACCUGUUAGAGGACUUUGACAUGGCUGCAAAGAUUGUUGAGGAAUUCCGCAAAACACAACAGACAUCGCCUGACAAAGUGGAUUACGAGUACAGUGAACUGCUGCUGUAUCAGAACCAGGUCCUAAGGGAAGCCGGGCUGCACAAGGAGGCCUUCGAUCACCUCAGCAGCUACGAGAAACAGAUCUGUGACAAGCUGGCUGUGGAGGAGACCCGAGGAGAGCUGCUGCUAAAGCUGGAGAAACAUCAGGAGGCUUCAGAGGUCUACAGAAGACUCCAGGAAAGGAACCCAGAAAACUGGGCCUACUACCAAGGCCUGGAAAAGGCCUUAAAGCCAGGCAGUUUAGAGGCGCGGCAGAAGAUUUAUGAAGCGUCCUGCAUAAAGUUUCCUAAAGGCCUCGUUCCCCGAAGGCUGCCUCUCAACUUCCUCACUGGGGAGAGGUUUCGUCAGUCUCUGGACAGCUACCUGAGGAUCAACUUCAGCAAAGGCUGUCCUCCCGUCUUCACCACCCUCAAGUCCCUUUACAGCGACAAAGAGAAAGUCACAGUUAUUGAAGAAUCAGUAGUUGGCUAUGAAACCUGUUUAAAAAGCUGUCGAAUGUUUAGUGAAAAUGAUGAUGGGAAGGAGGAACCCCCCACCACCCUGUUGUGGGUACAGUACUUCCUGGCACAGCACUUUGACUUCGUCGGCCAGCCACGCCUGGCGCUGGAGUUCAUUAAUGCAGCCAUCGACAGCACACCUACGCUCAUUGAGCUCUUCCUCAUCAAAGCCAAGAUCUACAAGCAUGCAGGCAACAUAAAAGAAGCAGCUCGGUGGAUGGACGAGGCUCAGGCCCUGGACACUGCAGACCGCUUCAUUAAUUCCAAGUGUGCCAAGUACAUGCUGAAGGCUGGCCUCAUCAAGGAAGCAGAGGAGAUGUGCUCCAAGUUCACACGAGAAGGCACGUCGGCAGUGGAUAACCUGAACGAGAUGCAGUGCAUGUGGUUCCAGACAGAAUGUGCGUUGGCCUACAAGGCGCUGAACAAGUACGGAGAGGCCCUGAAGAAGUGCCAUGAAAUUGAGAGACAUUUUGUGGAGAUCACUGAUGACCAGUUUGACUUCCACACCUACUGCAUGAGGAAGAUGACGCUGCGCUCCUACGUGGACCUGCUGAAGCUGGAGGAUGUCCUACGGCAGCACCCAUUUUAUUACAAAGCUGCUCGCACUGCAAUACAGAUCUACCUGACCCUGCACGACAAACCUCUGACUGAUGACAGCAAGGAGAGCCAGGCAGACACGGAAAAUCUGACAGACAAGGAGCUGAAGAAACUGCGCAAUAAACAGCGAAGAGCACAGAAGAAGGCCCAGUUAGAAGAGGAGAAGAAGAACGCAGAGAAGGAAAAGCAGCUCAAGAACCAGAAGAAGAAGAAGGAGGAUGAUGACGAAGAGAUUGGAGGGCCUAAAGAGGAGCUAAUACCAGACAAACUGGCCAAGCCGGAGAAUCCUUUGGAUGAAGCAGUCAAGUUCUUGAUCCCACUUAAGAACCUGGUGCGGAAAAAGGUUGAGACUCAUCUGCUGGCUUUUGAGAUCUACUUCAGGAAAGAGAAGUACCUGCUGAUGCUACAGUCCAUAAAGAGGGCUGUUCACAUAGAACCUAAUAAUCCAUGGCUGCAUCAGUGUCUUGUCCGCUUUUUCAAAGGAGUGAGUGGGAGCACGGAUCUGGCAGAGGCAGUGAGAACGGUGCUGAAGCACGAGAUCUCCAGGCUGUUUGGAGAGAGCAGCCCUCAGAGCUUCAACAAGAGCUACCUGAGCCAACACUCCAACUCCAUCCCACACAGACUGGCUGCCGCUAAGAUGAUGGUCUACCUGGAGCCUUCUUCUGAUAAGAUGGCGUGUGAGAUAGCUACAGCGCUGGACGAGUCGCUGGCUGGACGAAGCAUUCAGAUCUGUGCCGAGGUCCUGGAGGCUUUGCGUGACGGCCAGCUAGGGGAGGGUCAGCAGAAGGCAGCUGAGGCCUAUCGAGCUGCCUGCCAUAAGAUCUACCCCUACAGCCUGGCCUUCAUGCCGCCUGGUUACCAGGACAACAGCACCGUAAUCAGCUCUAAUGGCGACCUGUCGGCAGGAGAGCUCGAUGACAUUGCGAAUGAAAUGUGAGACGUGAUGAGGAGGAGAAGUGAGCAUGUUGCCACACGCCGUAGCCCCUCCCAACAACAAACAAACUCCCUGACAUUGCACUGAGCUGGAUGGACCGAGUGCCACAGGAGACGCAGAGACCUUUUUUUAACAAAAAUCGUACUGUUGUUGAGUAAAACAGAAAAAACACGAAUACGUUUCGGGAGGCUUGAAAGGAUUGUGGGAGACGUGGACCUCCUGGGUAAAUGGCUUCUGUAAACACAGUCUAGGCUUUUAUAACUCCUGUGUUUUCAUUUCUUCUUGUUGGUGCAGCUGCUUCUCAGAUUUUUAAAAGUAAUUUAUAUAUUACAAACUGAUGGAUUAAUAAAACAAUGUUUGCAA